AUGGCGCCAAACGAGAUUAGCCAGUCGUCCUCAUCUCUCUUCAGACUUCCUGCUGAGAUCCGCAUCUCAAUAUACGAACUUCUGCACUUUCCGCCUGUUGACAACGAACAAUGUCGUGGACUGAUUUUGUCGUGUCGACAGGCAAAGCGUGAGUGCGAAGGAGUCUCGAUUCGUACGACAAAAGCGUGGUUGCUGGCUUACAAGGGGGACGCUCUCCCACAAAGCGGGCUUGAGGUGCGCAUCUUGCUACCUCUUGCAACAAGAACACCUACUGGGAUUCAUGCCAAGUUCCACACGCUUCGGAAUUUGACACUGGUAAUUCCUGGACGGGCAAUCCAUGGUUGCGCUGACCAGCGCCGAGAGUUCUUUGAGAGUUUCCGACCCUUAAACGCUAUUUUCAGCUUGUGGCUCGAUAACUUGGCGAUACAAUUCUCGGGUCCGGUAGGAAGGAGUAGCGAAGGAUUUGGGAUACGUGGAUCAAUCACCGAGUGUUUUAGACGCCUUUUCUUCGUUCUGGAGAGCGGGUUGACGUAUGCGCAUGAUCCUGUCGGCCAGAAAGGCGAUCUCAAGCUCAACAAGUACCGCUCCCUGGUAAAAUACUGGCAGCCGCAACCUGCUUGGAUUAAGAAACUGGUUGUUUCGUGGGAUUUGACUGAGGAGAGUUUGCGGAGCGAAGAUUUGGUGGCGGUCGAUGCUCUCGGACACAAUAGAUUAGCGAUCGUCGACUUGAACCCGGAAGGCGAGCAACCGUUCCACGAUGCAGACGACAACAUUCAUGCUGUAGUCAACGGCGAACUAUACGGCUAUGAAGAGAUCCGGGAUCGCCUUAGUGCCGAAGGCUACAAGUUCAAGAGCCAGUCAGACUCUGAGAUUGCACUGGCGCUAUACAAGAAGCAUGGACUAUCGUUCCUGCCUUACUUGCGUGGAGAGUUCUCACUCUGUCUAUAUGACUCCAAAGCUCAGGUCUUCAUUGCCGCAUGCGAUCGGUAUGCCAUCAAGCCCAUGUACUACACAAUUUUGGACGGCAAAUUGCUGAUCGCUUCCGAAAUGAAAGCAUUCCUUCCCUUUGGAUGGAAACCUGAGUGGGACGUGCAGAGCAUCAAAGACGUGGGCUGGCUGUGCGAUGGGAGAACCAUCUUCCAAGGGGUUUCGAAGAUACUACCUGGUCACUAUCUCAUCUGUAGAUCGUUCAGCGCUGUCUCGCAAGACAAGUAUUGGGAUGUCGACUUCAAAGACAAGCGGGAGAUCGAAACGAGAAGUGAAGAUGAGAUGAUCCAGGGUGUUCGAAGGCAUCUUAUUGAUGCUGUGCGUGAUCGACUUCGUGCGGAUGUACCAAUCGGAGUAUUCUUGAGCGGCGGCAUCGACUCAAGCGCAAUAGCGGGAAUGGUCAAGCAUCUGAUGGACACGGAAGGCGCGAAGCUGGGCACUGCUCCAGCAUCAGAGCGGAUCAACUGCUUUAGCGUCAAGUUUAUCGGUGAAGAGCACGAUGAAGAGCCCAUCGCACGUCGCACAGCUGAAUGGCUAGGAGUCAAGAUGCAUCACUGCGAAAUGACCGAGGAGAACUUUGCCGCCAACAUUGAGAACGCAGUCUGGCACAACGAAGCAGCAGUAACUGAUCUCGGUACUGUUGGCAAAUUCUUGCUUUCCAAACUUACCAGCGACGAAGGUAUCAAGGUGGUCCUCACUGGAGAGGGAUCAGAUGAACACUUUGCGGGAUAUCGGGAGCUGCUUACGGAUUUCGUUCGCGAACCAGAUCUAUCAAGACCAAAUUCUGGACUUCCGGAAGAUGAGCGCAUUUCAACGUUCAACAGCUUAGAGGGCUCAGAGACCUCAGGUCCAAAGGAGCCUGCAACAUCGGCUGCAAUCCGGGCCCAAGUAAACAACACUUCUUUCCUUGGCUUUACGCAAACCGCUUCUCUUCGUGACCCACUCUUUGCGCCUUGGGUAUCUAAUGAGUUCGGAAUAAGCGACAAGCGUCUUACGGCUGUGAAUGCGGUCGAUGGUCGUGUCCGCGAGCUCAUGGCCAACAAGUGGCAUCCGCUUCACACAUCACUAUACAUUUGGAUAAAGUCAUCUCUCGCAAAUGGCCUACUUACCGUACUAGGCGACCGCUGCGAGAUGGCCCACAGUGUCGAAGGUCGUCAGCCCUUUCUCGAUCAUCGCUUGACAGAAUACGCAAUGAAGCUUCCACCCUCCGUAAAGCUGCACUACGACGCUCAAGCUCGCAGUUUCAGCGAGAAGUGGAUUCUCAAGGAAGCCAUGAAACCAUUCAUCACGCCUGAACUCUACGCUCGCAAGAAACACCCCUUCUCUGCUCCAGUCAAGUAUAAGCCCGAUGGCCCUGUUCACCAGUUGUUUCAGAGACUGAUCACGAAGGAGAAUGUCGAGGCUCUUGGGUUUCUGGAGUGGGACAAGUGUAAGGAUCUGUUGCAUGAUGCGAUUUACGAUGGCGAUAGGCCAAAAUGGAGUCAGAUGAUUCUGGUGGGUCAGUUUGUGAUUCUGGGUAAGAGGUUUGGGGUCAAGAAGGCUGUGCCGGAAUUUGCUACGCUGGGAGCAAACGGGGCGACGAGGUAG